UACACGAACAGCUUCUCCAUACACAAGGUCAUGUAUAUAUUAACUUUACCAAACUUUCAUUGCAUCCCUCUCAUAGGCCACUACCUACAAGUGGGGUAGAAAUCAUGGGCGGCAAGAACAUGACUGUCCCCCAAUCAAUCAACACCUGAGAUACUUAGCAUAAUUGAUACUUCUCUCAUCCUCUGACUAAUGUGCCCCUGAUUUAUAAAUUUCAAUCGUGUAUAUCCAAAUUUACCUAUUCAACACAAGUUGUGUCUUACCUUACAAUGGGUGAACUAGACGAAUUGGUGACUACUUUACUCGGUACUUUUACCAGUGGCAUAAGACUUCUCCGAGCUCGUCGCAAGAGACAGAAAAACAGCAGUAAAAUAAUCGAUCAUGAUAAUUGCGAAGAAACUCUUCUCAUCAAGUCAUUCAAACAAUCCCGAUCAGAUAUUCGCGAGGCAUACACAAGGGAAUCCAUCAAAUCUGGUCCCAAAUUCUCCGAAGGCGAUGCGAAAGCCCGCUCUUCACUAUCUACUAUAUUAUCCCGACUAAACACUGCUUUCACCUCCGCGGUAGUAUUAUUUACUCGCGGCAAAGUCAAGCCUGCCGAUCAAGAACUCUUUAUCAAACUCUCGAAUCAAUCACGCGCGGAAACAAUCAACGCCCUCGAUAGUCUCUCCAAGCGAAUAUCAAAAUCUUCCUCCUCACUCAUAUCCCGUGAUCCCAUAAUCGAGAGUAGAAGCCAUCGUCGAAAAAGACAUCAACAUCAAAAUCAUAAUCACAUUCCCCCUCCUCCCAUACCACCCAAACCCACCGCUUUGGGACCAGCCACAAAGAACGGUUGGAUCAGACCCAAAACGAAUAAAACAGAUACCCCGAAAUCGAAAUCGGAACCCCAAACUCGGAAACCACCGCUCGCGAAAUCAACACGUGGAAAGAAGUUGGUGACUUCGCAAUCUAUCACGCUACAAGAAAAACGAGAAGAAGAAAUACCCAAAAGCGCAAAGGAAAAUAGAAAAUCGGGUUUCUCGUUUGCGUCAGAUAGUACGAAACUCGGCCAAAUCCCAGACUCCAGAAUGGCAAGACUACUACCUGCUACUGGUACUAGUACUUUAUCGCAGCAUGAUCAAAAUCCUCGAUACUAUCCCACCGCGGUCGCAUUCCCCUUAGCGCCAUAUCAGCCCGAGCCGCGGAAACGAAGAUUUGGCAUGGGGAAACUAUGGAAAAAUAGACCAGGGGAGGAGGGGCUUGUGAGUAGUAAUGCUAGUUGAAUAGCUGUGAUAUAGUAUCUCUUAUUUCGUCUUUCGUAUCUCAUUUCACGGGCAUCUCUGUGUGUUUUUCAUGAUAUUGAGAUGAUCAAACUAUGUAGAUAGUGAAUUCUAGAUUCUAAAUCCUACAUA